AACGUGAAACGAAGUCUUGAAACGGCGCGCUGAUUCGAUUUCCUGAGGGUCAACAAGAGCGUGAGGAGUAAUAAGGAUAAUAUUGAGAGGAUAACAUCAAAAAAGUAAACACGCGCGGGGGAAAAGGUGAAGUAUCCGUCCCCUUAAGCAAGGGGGGAGAAUAUGAUUUCUAGGUGGAUAAUUACUUUUUGUUUAGUGCACCUAUUCUUUUUAAGAUCGUCAGAAUCGGCAGCAUGUAAAGGAUGCGUAACGCAGCCAUGUAUUUGCACAGGAGACAAAGGCCCAUUCGGUUCACCAGGGAUACCAGGACUGCAAGGUCCACCAGGUCAUCCUGGUUCCAUAGGGCCAGAAGGACCUCCUGGAAAAAGAGGAAAUAAAGGAGACAUUGGAUAUCCAGGAGCUGAUGGUCCUAAAGGCAUUAGAGGAGAAGAUGGCAUGCCAGGCUUUGAAGGUACACCAGGAGUACCUGGCUUACCUGGAAGUGAUGGACCACCCGGAGAACGUGGUUUUCCAGGUUGUAAUGGAACUGAUGGUCGCCCAGGGCCACCAGGUAUACCAGGCAGACUAGGUCCCAAGGGUCGAGAUGGAAAUCCUGGAUACUGGGGACAAAAAGGAGAUCCUGGAGAAGGAGGAAUAAACUCUCUAGGCAUUAGAGGUGAACCAGGAGAACCAGGAAGACCAGGAUUUCCGGGACCUAUUGGAUAUCCAGGAUCACGCGGUGCUAAUGGAAUAACAGGAGAUUCAGGACCCCCUGGUGUCCAAGGUUAUCCUGGAGACAAAGGUGGACGUGGUCCAACAGGAGAGGGUGUACGGGGUCAAAAAGGACAGAAAGGUGAAACAGGUCAAACAGGAGAUAUUGGCAAACCAGGAAUUCCAGAAGCUGUAAAACCUGAAGAUGAACUUACAGGAUCACCCGGUGAAUCCGGAGACCGAGGAGAUAAAGGUGAUGAUGGUGUUCGUGGCUAUGAUGGCAGGCCUGGCAAUCAGGGUCCGAAGGGACAGAAAGGCCCUGAUGGAGACAAGGGUGAAAGAGGAGAAUUGGGACCAAGGGGAAAGAGGGGUAGAACUGGAUUCCCUGGACCUUCUGGUGAAAGGGGACAAAAAGGUAAUCCAGGUUUGACAGGCAGAGAAGGAAAACCAGGAUUCAAGGGAAUGCAAGGACAACUAGGCACAGCUGGACCCCCAGGUCCUCAAGGUUACGAAGGGCCCCCUGGAGAAUUCAUUGAAUUCGGUAAACCACUUCCGGGACCACCAGGAAGCCAAGGAGAACCAGGGGAUCCUGGUUAUCCAGGUGUUCAAGGUGCACCUGGAAGACAAGGACCAGUAGGAUUUAGAGGACAACCAGGACCACCAGGAGAAGCUGGUCAACUCGGCGAAACCGGACCACAUGGCAUGAGUUUUAAAGGAGAACCAGGAGAAGAUGGAAUAAAUGGUCUCCCUGGAAUGUCUGGUUCACCAGGUUUCCCAGGUUUACAAGGACCGCUAGGAUCAAAAGGAGAGCCUGGAAUCACAGUUAGGGGACCAGCAGGGCAGAGAGGACGUCCGGGUUUUGAUGGAAAUUCUGGUUUACCAGGUCCUGUUGGAGACUCUGGACCAAAAGGAGAUAAAGGGUAUCCCGGUUAUGGUCGGAAUAUAGUGGGCCCACCUGGUCCUCCUGGUCCUUCAGGAUUGCCAGGGCCAUCAGGAGACGUGGGACUACCUGGUCGAGAUGGGUUUCCUGGGGCUGUAGGGGAGAAGGGUGAUGACUGUGGCAGAUGCUCGGCUGGAUACCCUGGUGUUAAAGGAGACAGAGGUGCUGAUGGAAGACCAGGUCAAGUGGGACCACAUGGCUAUCCUGGUUAUCGUGGUUUGCCAGGUGAAAAGGGUACACCAGGAUAUCCUGGUGCUCCUGGUUUCAAAGGCGCCAGGGGCUUAGGAGGUAUCGAUGGCUCUGAAGGUUUUCCUGGAGAAACCGGUGAUCCAGGUGAUCUGAUAUUGCCUCCUGGAACCAAAGGGAAGAAAGGACUGACAGGAGAUGAUGGUGAUCGUGGUUUUCCCGGAUCAGAUGGUAUUUCGGGAUCACCUGGACUUAGAGGAUUUCCGGGAUUUCCUGGAAGGAAAGGAGAACCAGGUGACGAUGGAGAUCCUGGAUUUCAAGGCAGAGAUGGACCACCAGGAUUAGUUGGGCCAUCAGGACCAAAAGGGGAAGCUGGAGAUUUCUCAUACGGGCUUCCAGGAAGAAAAGGAGAACAAGGCUAUGAGGGACUUACUGGUUUUCUGGGAUCGAAAGGAAAAAAAGGUGACCAGGGUGAUUCAUUUGAUGUCAGAAACAUAACUUGGGCAAAAGGAUACGUUGGACCUCCCGGAGAAAGAGGAUCUCCUGGACCCCCUGGAAGACCCGGAAAAGAAGGUCCAUCAGGUAAAGAUGGAACCCCUGGUUAUCCCGGACAGAGGGGUUUUAAAGGCGACGCUGGUUUCCCUGGCCCAAAUCUCAGAGGUGAAACAGGUAACAAAGGCUAUCCAGGUGUUCCAGGAAAUGCGGGAUUAGAUGGACCUCCAGGACCUAAAGGAUCACCAGGACCAGGAGGGCAGUAUGGAUUACCUGGUACAAAAGGAGAUCAAGGUGAGCCAGGUGAAGACGGAUUCCAAGGGUUUCCGGGAAGCCCUGGUUUUCCUGGUCGAAAAGGUGAAAUUGGUGACCCGGGUUAUGUGGGACGUAUCGGACUACCUGGUCCAGUUGGAUCACCAGGACCUCAAGGGCUAAAAGGUCUUCCUGGCAUUCCUGGAUUAUAUGGUGCAGAUGGUGCAAAAGGUGAACCAGGAGAUUCAGGGCCAGGAACUAAAGGGGACCGAGGCUUUCCAGGUUCACCCGGACUUACUGGAUUACCAGGAGGCAAAGGAGAUAGAGGUUUAGUAGGUCAACCGGGUAGUAGAGGAUUCAAAGGAGAAAGAGGUGAGGCGGGUUUUGAUGGCGAAAGGGGACCUCAAGGAAUUGAAGGAUUGCCUGGACCAGAUGGUAGGCCAGGGAAAAGAGGAUUCGAUGGUAGACCAGGUUUUCCGGGAGAAAAGGGUGAGCCUGGAAUUCCGGGUAAUGGUGGACCAGCAGGACCAUCGGGAAGAAGAGGAUUUUCGGGUUUAAAAGGUCUGAUUGGUGACGUUGGUGAACAAGGCUUACCAGGGCGGCCAGGAUCAUUUGGACUUCGUGGGGAAAUAGGAGAUCCUGGAUAUCCUGGAAACCCAGGACCUAAAGGAGAGCCCUCAACAUAUAGUCAAAAAGGAGAACCAGGAGAAACUGGAAUACCAGGCGCAAAAGGUUCUAAAGGAUAUGCCGGUCUCUCAGGGUUGCAAGGACGUAAAGGGGAGCAAGGACGUCCUGGCUUUGUAUAUCCAGGAGCAGAAGCUGCUAAGGGAACCCAAGGACCUAAGGGUUACCCUGGUCCACCAGGAUUUCUAGGACCUAAAGGAAUAGCGGGACUCCCUGGAAGGCCAGGUCCACCUGGAAUGAAAGGGGAUUAUGGAAUACCCGGUCUUUCUGGUCUGCAAGGACCCCCUGGACUCACGGGACUUCCGGGAUUUAAAGGUGAAGCUGGUGAUUUAGGUAGAUACGGGCCACCCGGAAUAAAGGGUGACAGAGGAUUGGAAGGCUUGCCUGGACUUUCUGGAUCAAAAGGAGGGUUUGGAUAUCCUGGGCUUCCAGGAAUUUCUGGUCUACCAGGACCAAAAGGGCUAAGAGGCAACCCUGGUCCAAAAGGUAUUCCUUCAUAUGAACUAAAUAAAGGCGCAAAAGGUGAUUCUGGAAUCCCUGGUAUACCAGGUAUUCCAGGACAGAAAGGUGAAAGUGGCUUGUCUGGAUAUCCUGGAAUAAAAGGCGAAAGAGGAGAUCAAGGAUUUCCUGGACGAGAUGGCAUUCCUGGAGUUAUUGGAUUAAAAGGUGAACCGGGCAGAAUUGGAGAAACUGGAGAUGCUGGAUCACCGGGAUUCCCAGGUUCAAAGGGUGAAGAAGGUGAUGGUGGAAUACCGGGUUUUCCAGGAACACCUGGAUUAUCGGGAAGAAAAGGAGAACCUGGAACUCCGGGCAGAAUGGGCAAUCCUGGACGCAAAGGUGAAGCAGGUUAUUCGUUUCCUGGAAGAAAAGGCGAAAAAGGCCUAGAUGGACUUCCAGGACCACCAGGAUUGGGUGGAUUGCAAGGUGCCAGAGGAGAUAGGGGAGAACCUGGUUACCCUGGAAAUUCUGGUAUACAAGGAGAUAGAGGUUUACCAGGUAGAGCUCAACCUGGACCUUCGGGACCACCUGGUUUACAGGGUAGAGAUGGCUUUCCUGGAUUAGCUGGUGCAAAAGGCAACACAGGAUUUCCCGGACGCCCCGGAUUUUCAGGCCCUAAAGGAAUUCAAGGAGAUGUGGGCUUCCGUGGAGCAAUCGGUCCAACUGGACCAAAAGGAUUUCCUGGUAAUCCGGGUCCACGUGGAGAUGCAGUACCAGAGAAUGAAAUUUUCCCUAUCCCAGGAUUCCCUGGAGAUAAUGGUUUAGCUGGUCUUCCAGGCCUUUCUGGUGAAAGAGGUGCGAUGGGUGAUCCUGGUAGAGAUGGAUUAUCCGGACCCAAAGGAAGUCCUGGAUAUCCUGGAGUAAAUGGAUAUCCGGGACCACAGGGUUUUAAAGGAACAAUUGGAGACAGAGGUCUUGAUGGUUUUAGUGGUUUCCCCGGUACUACAGGCUUAAUAGGAAAUCAAGGGGAACCAGGAUACCCAGGCACACCAGCUCCAUCUAGAGGAUUCUUCUACACACGACAUAGUCAAACAACUCAAGUACCAGAUUGCCCAGGUGGUACUUCUGUGAUGUGGGAUGGAUAUUCCUUACUUUACAUUCAAGGAAACGAAAAAGCUCACGGACAAGAUUUGGGAAGCCCUGGUAGUUGUUUGAGGAAGUUCAGUACAAUGCCAUACAUGUUCUGCAAUAUAAACAAUGUAUGCCACAUGGCUUCACGCAGUGACUUCAGCUAUUGGUUAAGCACUUCGGAAAGUAUGCCAAUGGAUAUGGCACCCAUAACAGGUAGAAACAUAAAGAGAUAUGUCAGUAGAUGCUCUGUGUGUGAAUCUUCCACUCAAGUAAUAGCCGUCCAUAGUCAAAGUAUUGAAAUCCCAGAUUGCCCAUAUGGAUGGGACGGACUUUGGGAAGGUUACAGCUUUUUCAUGAACACCGACUCAGGAGCAGAAGGUAGUGGACAACCUUUGUCUUCUCCAGGAUCUUGCUUGGAAGAAUUCCGACCUAAUCCCUUCAUUGAAUGCCAAGGAUUGGGUAGAUGCAACUAUUACACCACUGCUUACAGCUUCUGGUUAGCAGUUGUUCAUCAACACAGGCAAUUUAACAUUCCUGAACCUAAAACACUGAAGGCUGGUGAUUUAUUGACUAGUAUUUCAAGGUGCAGAGUCUGUAGACGAAUACCCUUCCAUGGUACUUUAUAAGUACUUUUAAAAAAUAUAGGAAAAAAUACUUUUUUUUGUCAUAUCAGAAAUAGCAUUCUCAAAGCUUUUGCAAUUAAACUACUCAAAUUCUUUACAAAGACAUUGUAAGAAAAUGAGAAAUUAUUUUUAUCACAUUGCUUAGCAAUUCUAUAUGGAUUGCAACAAGUGAAAAAGAAGCCCAGUAAGGAUCAUUGUCAUUUAUUUUUUUUUGUGAAAACAUCAACUAAUCUUUUAAUUUAUUUUCGCUUUUUCAACGCAUAUUAUAAUAAUAUAAAGUGCAAUUACUGGAAACACGAAAUCUAAAGUGCAAAUUCAAUGUUGUUGAUUUAUUUUAAAAGAUACUCAUUUUGAAAAUAUUAUUUGGAACACUAGAGAGAAAAUAUAGCUAUUUCUUAGGAAAAAGAAUGCAGAGAGUGAUAUUAUACAUAAAAUAUAGCGCUAUACUGCCAUAAAAUUCACUGCCAAAUAAAACGAUACAUUUAUCGUUGCUUUUAAUGUUGUUUUUGGUUUUUACACUGCAGAAAGUGAGUAACUUUUAGAUUUCAUAUCGAUGAUCGAUUUCCACGAUCGAAGACUUCCGCAAUUUACUAUGUUCUAAUUUUAAUGUGUGAAACUUUGCGGCGCAUUUAAAGAAAUAUUAAAGUUGUAAUUACUGUGUUA